AUGCAUGAUAAAGUUAUUUUUAGCCAGGAAGAAGAGUGGUACGAUUUUAAUGAAGCUGAAAAAAAAAUAUUGAGACGAUCCUGGAAGACACUCCAGACAGAUGUUAAAACAAUUUCUUGCAACAUUUACACAAUGAUUUUCAAUCAGUGUCCCGAUGUUCGGCGAUUGUUUCCGUUCAUGCGAUUGCCUUCUACCGACAAUGAAAAGAAGAGUAAGGAAUUUGUGUUUCAGGCGCUCCGUUUUAUUCAGGUUUUGGAAACUGGUAUUAACAGUUUAGAUAACCUGGAGUCUUUCGAUCCAAUCCUGGAUAAUUUAGGACGCAGGCAUGGCAAGCUGGAAUCCAGCCACGGUUUCCGUCCGUACUACUGGUCGAUUUUCUUGGAGUGCACAAUACAUCAUAUUCGACUUGCUUUGAUCAAUUCAAAAGUUGAUCACUGGAACAACAAAGAUGCGGAUAACGCAAUCAUUUUAUGGAGGCAUCUUGUUUCUGGAAUUUGUCAAAGGAUUAAGUGCACGAUACAUCACAUUCGACUAGCUUUGAUCAAUUCAAAAGUUGAUCACUUGAACAACAAAGAUGCGGAUAAUGCAAUCAUUUUAUGGAGGCAUCUUGUUUCUGGAAUUUGUCAAAGGAUUAUGAUGAUGCAGAUAAUACAGUCAUAUCAAACAGGCACCUUACCUGCACUUUAUGGAAGAGAAUGGUCUAUAUCUAAAAGUGCUAGUGAUAACUACUGGGUGCACUUGGAGAUAUAGAA